AUGCAAACAAACCUGGGCCGCCGCCCUUUGAACCUUUUGCAACUAGCUGUGCGCUCUGAACCCGCCGCCCCUUAUAAAGAGGAUCGGAGUGCCAGCAGCACAGUCCCGAGCUGCCAGAAGUGGGUGCCGGCUUGGAAGGAGCAGCGAGGGACACCAACACCAGCCAGCCCGGGCACAGGGACCGAGCCUCCGCCGGUCCUCUCGGCCAUGGGUGCGCCGAGGCCCGCGGUGCGGCUGCCAGUGCUGCUGCUGCUGCUAGUGGCCUGCACUUGGGCCCGUGAGUGUGGGGCACGGGAAGGGUUUGGGGGACAGUCCACACCGGGGCUGGGAGGAUUCAAGCUCUUGCAAACGAAAAGCCCGGGAUUGGGACAACCUGGGCCUGGAGCUGAGGGCGAAUGGGGACAUCAUAGCGGGGACAAAGCUGUCCCAUAUUGGGGGUACCGGGGAAGCACUGGGUGCCUACCAUCCUGCAAGAGAAAAGCACCCUGUGCAGAUCUUGUAAGGGGGAGGAAAUUGGGGGAAAUUGGGAAAUUUGGAAAUUGGGGGAAAUUUGGAAGGGAAUUGAAGGAAAUUGCUUUUUCUUUUCUUACAGAAGAAGUGCUGGGAAAUGUCAGCCCGAGCUGCCCAAAAGACACUACUCGCUUCAAACACCUCAGGAAGUAUGUCUACACCUAUGAGGCGGAAGGUUCCAGUGAAUUCCCUGGGACUGCUGAUUCAAGAAGCACCACCAAGAUCAACUGCAAGGUCGAACUAGAGGUCCCACAGCUUUGUAACUUCAUCCUGAAGAUAAGCCAGUGCACGCUGGAGGAGGCAUAUGGCUUCGAUCUGGACGGCAAGACCUUGCUGAAGAAGACCAAAAACUCUGAAGAGUUUGCUGCCGCCAUGUCCAAGUAUGAGCUCAGGCUAACCGUUCGUGAAGGGAAGCAAGCUGUGCUUUAUCCAGAGAAGGAUGAACCAAAACACAUCCUGAACAUCAAGAGAGGCAUCAUUUCUUCCCUCCUGGUGCCCAUGGAGACAGAAGAAGACACACACGUGCUGUUUCUGGUAAGAACCUGGUACACAGAUAAGAACAGUCCUAGGACCAUACCUUCUCCUUGA